AUGAAGCGUAAAGAGACAGCCCCUAGUCAACGACGUGGUCCAGGACGACCACGGAAGCAACCUACCGAGUCAGUGGAGGCUGAGCCAGUGGAGUACGAGGCGGAUUCUGUCAGGGAUCCUACCGAGGAUGAGAUUGACAGUCGUGCACAGACUCCUCGGGUUGCCCCGAGAGAUCCGGAUUUCCAGCCUCAGUUGGUUCCUCCUACACUACCACCUGUAGUCCCCAUUCCUACUGCUACUUCUUGGGCAAAAGAUAGAGCUCGGAUCCCGUUAUUGGCCCGAUCGGUGAAGGAUCGAUUCACUUUAUUCUAUGGAGUUCCCGACCCCAGUGUUGCUCGUUCUUGGUUGGGAAAUGUGGAGGACACCUUCGAGUAUUUGUCGUGUACCGAGGAGGAAAAAGCUGAACUGGCUGCGUACCACCUUCGAGACCAGGCUGUUACUUGGUGGAAGAUGCAGAGGUCACUGUUUGGGGAUCAGAGUAUUACCUGGACCUUAUUCCGAGACUCCUUCGAGAGACAGUAUUUUCCAGCCCCAUAUCGUAUGGCUCGCCGACAGGAAUUCUUAAGUUUGAAGCAGGGAGAUCGCUCGGUGAUGGAGUAUAAUGCGGAGUUUAACCGAUUAGCUGAGUACUGCCCGCAGUUUGUUGCUCAGGACAGCGAUCUGUUGGACCAGUUUACCCAGGGUCUUGCGGCGUAUAUACGUAUCAGGAUGUCUGGUUUUACCCCUAGUACUUAUCGGGAGGCCUUAGACAGAGCAUUGAUGAUUGAGAUGACACAGCAGCAAGUUUCUCAGGAGCGGGGUAAGGAUAAGCAGAAGGCCCAGGGUACGACUCCAAAUCAGAGACGACAGAAUAAGGAUCAGAAAAAGCGAAAGAAAUGGCAGGGAUCCCAGGAUACUUCGGGGGAGUCUUAUCGAUCGGCGAAGACAGGACGAUCCUCAGCUGGUUCAUCUAAAUCUUCUCAGAAGGAUUAUUCUAGUGUGCCUAAAUGUUACAGAUGUGGUACUGAGGGGCAUCUUAGACCUAAUUGUCCAUUGGGUCAAGACGUUUGCUAUUACUGUAAACUGCCGGGGCAUGUGAGUCAUGAAUGCACACUGAAGGCACAGAUGGAGGCGGCUAAGAGUACUCCACAAGGGAGUCGUACUACUCAGACUCGACAGUCGAAGGGUUGA